UGCUUCUGGCUUUCUCCAGAGAGAUGCCAGGCAUCCCGGGGAGGAGGUAUCCUGCGGUGGGUAGAACCCCAGGUGGUGGCUGGGCUCCCAGGUGACGUUGACCCAGUAGGGACGUCUGGGCUGCGGGAAACCUCUAAGCCGGUGCCCAGCUCGGGACGCCACUUCCGUUCUAAUAUAAGGUGAGGAAGUCUGUCGGAUCUGAGCGGGAGUCCGGGAGAGGCUCCUCCUACCCCUCGCCCUAGGGAGGAAAGGCAAAUUGGGAACGGGGACCAGGGAACGACGUCAGGGGCACCCCUUGCGGGGUGCGAGCCUCCGCUCUCAGCGCUGCCCCUCGGACCUGCAGACGUGGGCGGAGCGAGAGCAGCGCGAGUCCUUUCUCCCUAAGCGCCCUCUGCAGUGUAACACCCCUCCUUCCUUCGCCUUCCUUGGGCUCUUUCUCCUCUGCUCACCCGAGACCUCUUUCCUCCUGCUCGAAUCGCCUUUGUAGUGUCUCCCGCUCCUCUCCCUCCCCCCGCCCCCGCUGCCCCUUUCACUCAUGUCUUAUCAACUCUCUUUUUUUUUCUCCCUGGCGUUUUCUUCCUUUCUCGUAAAUUUUGCCGCCUGCGAGCAGCCGGAUUGCCUCAUUAAAAUCGAGCACUUUACCUUUAAACCCAUAUACGGCUGCGCCUCACUUGCCAAGGAAACCUUCGCCAAGCAAACUAAUGCUACGCUCUCCCUCAGGUGCUCAGGCUACUCCGGAAUUCAGAUAAAUAAUACUCAGACAAUGAAGAAAAGAAGGAAAAGAGAAGUCAAAACAGAUAAAUGCCUAGAACAAGUCUCAUAUUUGAUAGAACUGUGGAGACGUUUCAGCCGCAUUUCAUAGAAACAAAGUAAACCUUCGGUAAAGUCACAUUUCACAGCAACAAAGUUAAUCAUCUUUAUUAGGUAGAUGGAACUGUUAACUCUAACUGUGACAUUUAAAAGACCACUAAUAGUUUUUUUUAAUUAUAAAAGGGUUUCUUAGCUUAUUUUUAUAAGCUUUUAUUGUUUAACGUAGGUUUAUAAUAUGGGGGAAGUACUGUCCUUCAGAUGUCGGAGGAGACUUUUUUUUAGCAUUCAUGCCUGAACCACUGAAUUUGUGGCAGUAAUUCUCAGCUGGAACUACAUGAGCCCUGCUCAAAGAAAGGAUCUAAAAGUGUAGUAGAAGGAGAACUUUUUCAAGGAAAAAAGUUGAACACUAUAGCAUGUAAACCUCUGUUUAAAAGGGAGACAUUUCUUCCAUGUGUACUGACACUUCUUGUCUUUUUAUACCAAAAAUUUACAAAAGAAGAGAAUUAAAGAAAAAAGUGCACAAAAGUUGUACAUAUAAUGAAGCAAUUUGAAAUAAUUUCCAAGCAAAAUAUUGUGAAAGUAUUCUAAGCCAAAUUUUAAAAAUUAUCUAACAGACAAGAGCGGUGCGUGCAAGCCAAUCCCGAAGAAGUGCCUUUGUUAGAGUUUAAAUAUAUAUAUUUUUUAAAUUUAUGGAAUGUAUCUUUAAUUUAUUUUGUAAGCAGUUUUUUAAAUGUACAUAUUACUUUGUUAAUGACACUAUAUUUUUCUUAAUAAAAUAAUUCUCAAAUUCA